AUGGCUCCCUCCAUAUAUAAAGCUGCUGGCAAAGGGGACGUCCCAACUAAGAGACUGCCCGUCCUCAGAGCAGGAGUCUAUACAGUCACCACCUUGGUGAAGAACAAGAAGGUUCAGCUGGUGGCGACUGCCCAUGAUGUAGACCCCAUUGAGCUGGUGGUUUUCCUGCCUGCCCAGUGUCGAAAGAUGGGGGUGCCCUACUGCAUCAUCAAGGGGCGCCUGGUCCACAGGAAGACCUGCAUCCCUGUUGCCUUCACACAGGUUAACUUGGAAGACAAAGGUGCUCUGGCCAAGCUGGUGGAAGCGAUUAGGACCAAUUACAAUGACAGAUAUGACUCGAUCCAUCACCACUGGGGAGGCAAUGUCCUGGGUCCUAAGUCUGUGGCUCGAAUUGCCAAGCUGGAAAAGGCAAAAGCUAAAGAACUGGCCACUAAAUUGGGUUAA